AUGCCUUCCGAACAAGGACACCGCCUUUACGUCAAGGGACGUCACCUCAGCUACCAGCGUAGCAAGCACGCCCUUACUCCCAACACCAGCUUGGUCAAGAUCGAGGGUGUUGAUGACACCAAGUCCGCCAACUUCUACCUUGGCAAGAAGGUCGCUUUCGUCUACCGCGCCAAGCGUGAGGUCCGCGGCUCCAACAUUCGCGUGAUCUGGGGCAAGGUCACCCGCCCUCACGGCAACUCCGGUGUUGUGCGCGCCAAGUUCCGCAACAACCUCCCCCCCAAGUCCCUCGGCGCUACCGUCCGCGUCAUGCUUUACCCCUCCAACAUCUAA